AAUUGUCAACGGUAUACUGGGGCAAAACAGCUGUUGAUGAAUACACAGUUCUGACAUUUAUUUUGCCAAUUUACAAGCAAACGCAAGAGUAAAAUUUAAGUUUUUAGCUAGAUGAUAAAUAUUUAAUAGGAGUAUAACAUCAAAAACUAUGUAAAACAAUUGCUGCAUUAGGUGUACAUUGCACUUUGCUAGGUUUUAGAUAAACAUUAAUGCAUCAAUCUAUCUGGCAAAAAAUUAAUCUAAUUAUUAGCGGUCGGCGCAUAUGUGGCAAAAACUGUAAAAUCAUAAGUUGUAUUCUGCUGCUAGGUAUACCAUCACACAAUUAGAUUUAAUUUAUGAAGCAUUGGCUUUUUUCGAAGUGGAAGUAUCGUUGACAUCUUCAACAACAACAACAAUUAUUAGACAAUUUUACUGAUUAAUAUUAUUGAAAACGAAUUGUACUAGUGAUGUAUUAUAGCCAAAUGGCGGUGUGUUAUCCGCUCGCAUUGCAUGUACAUAAACUAAUCAGUGAAGCACAUAAUUUUGAACUGUGUUACCGAAGUAUAUAGCCAAUUUAAUGGGAGUUUCGUCAUUAUACACAACGACGGGAGAAGUUGAAGGAGAUUUUGGAGCACAGACCACAAAAUUAUGCUGCUGACUUAGAGAAGAUUAUAAUAUAACAUAAUUCAACAGAACGUACCGGACUAGAUGCGGUACAGCAAAAUGGUAACCAUCUAAUCACACAGCCUAAAUAUUAUUUAUCAAAUUAUCUUCGCUUAUUGUUGGAGUAUUUAAGCUUUAACGAAGAAAUGUGGAAAUACUAAACCAAGUUAAAAUUUGAAUUUUUUGCAUUGCCAACAGACUCAGAAAAAAAUUCCCACCUAUUUCGAAUAAAAAUGCGUUCACGCAAGAUCCUGAUAAUAGCUGGUUUUCUAACAACCUGGACUUUUAUAACAUAUUAUUUUUUAAUACGAAAUAGUACCAUAUACCCCUUAAAGGAACAUUUGCUCAUCCAAAAAUUAAGUAAAUUAGAACGUGAAUCUCGAAUAGAAAACAUAGAAAACAGUAAACUUGUAGGGCAGCUAAUAGAAAUUUUAAAGAAAACAAUGACUAUAGAUGAAGUAGAAGAACCACAGGCAUACAAAGAGAAAACGGAACGUCCUAUAGGCAUAUUUCCUUUACGACCGGAUCAUGCCUUGAGCCUAGAAGAAACGCAGCGAGUAAAAAGCGAUACCGAAAAAAUAUCUGAAGAUAAUGUUGGAGUUAGCGGAAAAGGUUCUCUAAUAGCAAUACCCACAAUGACCAAUAUGCCCAAUGGCGAACCAGUUAUACCAAUAUUGGUAAUAGCAUGUAAUCGUGUUUCCAUACGAAAAUGUCUUGACAAUUUAAUACAAUAUCGACCAACUGCUGAUCAGUUUCCGAUUAUAGUAUCUCAGGAUUGUGGCGAUCAGCAAACGAAGAAAGCAAUUCUAAGUUAUGGUUCUCAGGUCACACUGAUUGAACAACCUGACCAAUCCGAUAUAUUAACGCCCCCACGAGAAAAAAAAUUCAAAGGAUAUUACAAAAUAGCACGUCAUUACGGUUGGGCACUGAACACUACAUUCCAAAGAGGUUACGAAUACGUCGUUAUUGUAGAGGAUGAUUUAAAUGUCGCUCCUGAUUUUUAUGAAUACUUUUUGGGUACACAUGUUUUACUUAAGCAAGAUCCCUCACUGUGGUGUGUAUCAGCAUGGAACGACAAUGGUAAAGAUAAAUUUGUAGACAACACCAAGUCUGAAUUGUUAUAUAGAACCGAUUUUUUCCCGGGACUUGGGUGGAUGCUUACUAAAAAUCUAUGGCAAGAAUUAUCUGUUAAAUGGCCAAAAUCCUUUUGGGACGAUUGGAUUAGACAUCCGGAGCAGCGAAAAGAAAGAGCUUGCAUCAGACCGGAAAUAUCGCGGACAAGAACCUUCGGAAAAAUCGGGGUUUCGAAUGGGUUAUUUUUCGACAAAUAUCUUAAGUACAUUAAACUUAGUGAACAUUAUGUAAACUUUUCUAAAAUGAAUCUCACCUACUUAUUAAGAGAAAACUACGAUCGUGACUUUCUGAAUGACGUUUAUUCUUACCCUAUUGUUACAUAUGACGAAUUACGCAGAAAUCUCAUUAAAACUGAUGGACCAGUUCGAAUACAAUAUACAACUAGAGAGCAAUAUAAACAUAUAACAUCAAUUUUAGGACUCAUGGGCGACUUCAAGAGUGGUGUGCCAAGGACGGCUUAUCACGGUAUUGUUUCAUUCUUUUACCAAAAACGUCGUGUAUACUUGGCACCAAGCGCUAAUUGGAAGGGCUACGAUCUCUCAUGGAGCUAACAGAAUAUUGUACAUAUUUUGAACUUGGACUAAGUAGCAACAUUUGAACAUUUGAGAGCUAAUAUUUUUAGUAUAUAUUACCAUAAUUGGCGAAAAGAAGUACCACACAAUAUAUUUAAGGAAAAUAUGUCUGCGAACAUGUUUUUUAUAGGCUAUAAUGUGUUUACUUAAGAAGUAACAUUGAAGGUUUAUUAUAAAAUUAUAACUAAUAGCCGCAACCAAAAACUAAAUUAAGGUAGAUGUGAGUGUAAAUUUUGACUUUGUUGUAUUUAUUUAUAUAUUAAUGAAGCUAGAACUAUAUACAUAAAGAUAUUGAAGAUACAUAUGUAAUAUAAAAAAAAAACUAUUUACACACUAUUACUUUUGUAAGCGUUAGCAAAACGCUGUAAAUUCCUUAGAGAAAUAUUUUCUCUCAUUUGGUUACGUACAUUAGUUCUAUUUAAUGUGUUCUCCAUCAAAUAGCUAAUGUAAACAUUGCUUUUUGUUCAAUUUUUGUGUGAUUGACCUUUAAGUUAUACAUAUAUAUACAUGUGUACAUUGAUAAAAAGUUUCCAAAUAAAAAAAAAAAUAAGAUUUUCUGUUAAAUAUGUGCGCAUUUGUAUUGUUUCCUAUUUACCAAGUAAGGAACUGUUGUGAUUUGUAUACGAAUGAUUUGCAUUUAGUUGAUAGUUGACAUAAUUUUUAUACAAACGUCGUGAUGCUUCAAUUUACCCAAACUCGUAACUUCAAGUAACGAGUCCACUAAACAUUCUAAUAUAGAUAAAUAUUUUCCAAUUUAAA